GUCAUAUCAAACUUCUGACGAUAGGAGAUUUGACCCUAUUGUGUGGUAUUGAUAACCUCGAUACAUAUUCCAUAUAUCUUACAGUACACGCUCCAAAAUUCAUUGAGGAUUGGGGGGAAUCAUAAUACAAACUCUCAGUAAAUAGACCGCCAAUACUUCAAGACGAUAAUCAAUCUAAUUCGGAAGGAAAACCACACCCUAGUUUGGUCAUAAUCGAAUCUCGCAUCUUACUCUCAGCCUCCCCCCGCCCUUCUAAGGAAACUUAUCACUUAGUUAUCUAGUCUUGCGACCAACCCCAUUCACCUCCUUUCCCUCAGCAACCUUACCUGCUCCUUGGGUUUGCGUCUAUCUCUUCUACUGCGACCGCUUUCUUUACUCCAUUCACCCUAUUCUUCAAGCCUGUCUUCUUGCGACCGCCUUUACUACAACCGCUUGCCUCCACCUCCUUUACUCGACUAGCCUUGCUACGAACAACUACCUCUCUCCCUACCGCAUACACAACCACAUACCAGACAAACACAAUCCGUCAAUAUGGGAAACACAAGUAGUGCAGUAUUGGAGAAUAUUGUACAAGGGUCAAACUUUGAUCGAGAUGAGGUUGAUAGAUUAAGAAAACGUUUUAUGAAGUUGGAUAAGGACAAUUCCGGUACUAUUGAACGUGAAGAGUUCCUCAGUCUUCCGCAAAUAUCGUCGAAUCCUCUAGCUACCAGAAUGAUUGCCAUAUUCGAUGAAGAUGGAGGUGGAGAUGUUGAUUUCCAAGAGUUCGUCAGUGGACUCAGCGCAUUCAGCAGUAAGGGAAAUAAGGAACAAAAGCUUCGUUUUGCAUUCAAGGUUUAUGACAUCGAUCGUGAUGGAUACAUAAGCAAUGGAGAAUUAUUCAUCGUUUUGAAGAUGAUGGUAGGAAGUAAUUUGAAGGAUCAACAGUUGCAACAGAUUGUUGAUAAAACAAUUAUGGAGGCAGAUUUGGAUAGGGAUGGAAAGAUUAGUUUCGAGGAAUUUACAAAGAUGGUGGAGAAUACGGAUGUUUCUAUGAGUAUGACUUUAGAUCAAUUUUGAUCCGAAAGCAUUGGGAAGGGAAGAAGACCAGUAAUAUAGCGAGCAAUGCAUGUUUCACACACUGCAAUCCAAAUCAAAGUACUGCAUGACAUGCUCAGAUGCAGGACUUGUUAUGAGCCAUGGUUGAAACUCUUGCAGCAGAACUAGGGAUCUGGAUGCAUUGAUAUGGUGUGGCUGGUGGAUUUUCGAGACACGCACUUAUACUCUACUCAUUACAAGGAAAUGAUGAUUUAUUUACAAGAUACUUCACCA